CUAAUUACCAGGAUUGAGUAACCGACGGAUUUCACCGACGGGGGUCAUACGGUGGAGAAAAGGACAGUCAAAAUUUCAAAGCUUUAAUGAAGUUCUCUGCAAUUACUAUUAGGCAUUCAUGGCCAGAAUGGGUUGAACUAAUGCGAACUUUGCUAAAGAAUGGGUAUCUCGAAGCAGCUGGAAGUAAUUCCUCCGUAGAAGGUGGAUUGAACGCCCAGAAAUUGAACAUGAUUCGAACUGCUUGCUCUACUUUCGCGCGAAAACAAUCACAUCUUAUUAGGUACUUCUCAAGGAAAGACAUGGAAGUCCUAGUUGAGUCUGGGUGUUGGAGCACUAAAAGAAAAGUUGUCAAUUCUGGAAAGCGUCUUAGAGCUUAUGUGGGAAUUGAUGAAAGAAAUGUUUGCAGAUCAUGCGUUUUGAGAGGGAAAUGUGAUAGGGCUUAUGUGAAUGUAACUGAGGAGGAGAAAGAGGAAGGUGCACAUACUUUGGAUAUCAUGCGGUUGUUAUUCGCUUAUGGAAAUGGUGACAUUUCUAACCCAAAAGUUGAGCAAUCUGUGAGAAAGUUGAUGAGCGAAAUGGUGGAACAUUAUAAGUAUAGUUCUGAUGAAGUAAAUCAAAAUAAAUUAAUGACUUCUUUUAUACAACAAGACUCUGUUCACUUAGAGCCAGCUUAUGGCCAUGAGAAUGCUCCUGAAAACAAAACUUAUCAAGCAAAACAAAACACAGGCUGCGUGAAGACAUCCAAUCAUACGUCACUGAAGAAGGGAGACUGGAAAUGCGAAGGAUGCAAUUCCUUCAAUUUUGCAAAGAAUAUGAUGUGUUGGCAUUGUAAUGAAAGGCUAUCUGGACGCCAACUUGGAGCUGGGGAAUGGGAAUGUGAUUCGUGUAGCUACCUCAACUUCAGAAGAAAUGUGGUGUGCCUGAGAUGCAAUUAUAGACGUCCAAAAGCAUCAAUUUGUUAACAUUGCGAUCCACCAUAUAGCUAGCGGCUCUGAUUAGCUGUGAAAACCAAAGAAAAACAGGUAUAUGUUCUUAAAUGU